AUGUCUGCUACAGCAGUUUACUGCUGGAACACCUUCCAAUCUGACUCAUGGUCUGCGGAUGUGGGUGUUGGGCAGGGCUCUGCUCUCUCGCCUGUUAUCUCUGGGUUGUUCAUUGCUCCAGUGAUGAAGCUCUUCUAUAUCAAAGCGGCGCCACUCAACAUGACACUUCUCUCCUUUGUGGACGAUGGGACCAUCCUGGCCCAGUCCAAACAACUUGAUGAUAAUAAUGUGGGCCUGCAUGCCUACAAUCCUUCACUUGAUCUGGGGUACGCCCCACACACAGGUGCUACACCAUUAAAGCCCAAGACCUAUUGGAGAUAUCUGGGAUUCUACUUUGACCGCAGGCUCACUUUCCAUGAGCAUGUCCGCUAUUAUGCCACCAAGGCAUUCACCACCGUGCAGGCCAUGCGCAUGCUUGGAAACUCUACCAGAGGUCUCUCACCUAAACAGCGGCACCUCCUUUAUAGGUCUUGCAUGGUCCCCAUUGCCACAUACAGUUACUGUCUCUGGUACUUUGAUGGCGCCCGCAACAAAGGCGCCAUGAACCAGCUCAAACGAAUGCAGCAAAAAGCUGCUCUAUGGAUUACUGGUGCAUUCCGCACCUCACCCACAGGCGGUCUUGAGGCCUUGGCAGGUCUCAUCCCCAUCCAUCUCAUGCUGAAGAAGCUGGUGACACGCGCAGCCAAACCUCACACCCGCUCUGCCGCCUUGAUGACCCCAGCCAUGCGAGGGAAAGUCAAGAGCACUGUCAUGGAAGUGGACAAACGUGUCCACACCCUAACUGAGAGCUUUGAGCCCUUUGUGCCCGAAGCUUGCCCUGGUGACCAGUUACUGGACCGCUAUGCAGACCGUCUCUGCUUUGACAUGUGUGAUCCUAUUCAGGAUAGGCACCCAUAUCUUGACGAGCUAAUCACAGUUGCGAGGGCUGACCCCUUAACAGUACUGGCUGCAGCUGACGGCUCUGUCCCUCAGUCUAACCAGGUUACUGCUCCAGAUGUGGAACUUAAUGCCAUUGUGUGCGCAGUUUGCCUUGCUGUCAAGCAGGAAAACUGCCAACAUAUUAUGGUCUUUACUGACUCUAUGGGCUCAGCCCAUAAAGCAGUUGACCCCUCCAUACAUUCUGGUCAGGCUUUUAGUCUUGGGACAUUCAUGGUGAGGCACACAAAUGGGCUUUGCUCUCGAGCUGCGCACUCAGUCCUGGAUUCGUGGAGUUCCACUUUCCAGGAUCCAACCUACCGAGGCUCUGAGUUUUUGGAGCUUCAACGGCCUGAUGGGCGGCCGAUUCAGCCAUCGUACCUCAACAGGGGACCUUGGCUUUCAUACUUCGGACACAGUAUCACUGAGUUUGCUCGUGUUUGCUGGUGUAUAACUGGCCACACACCCAUUGGAGCGUAUUACUGUCGCUUCAAGAUCAAUGAGCCUCAUGGUUGCACUUGCGGGGCUGCUCUGCAGUCCCAUCAGCACGUUCUCUUUCGCUGCUGCGAUCGAUACUCUGUACACUAUCCCCAAGAAAACGGGGAUAUUGCAUCAUUUUUGAAGCACAACCCCACAGUAUUUGGCUUCAACUGGGACUCCUUGGGUGUCAGAUGA